CAUCGUCAUAAUGGAGCAAAAAGUCACGUAACUGACAUUUUUGGAUAAUUAGACUUUUUUGCAUUUUUUUAAAAAAUAUACCAUUUUGCAUAGCCUAUUAAAAUAUUUUUGUUGAAUUCACUUGAAAAAUGCAUUUUUUUCCAAAAAAUACAACUGCUGUAACUUCAAUGCUUUUUUGUUUGGUGCAAAAACUGAUGUAAGUGCACUUACUAUAGUUUUUGCACCAAAAUUUUUUUAAACUCUUGACGCAAAAAGUACUGUAACUGCACUUACCAUACUUUUUGCAUUAAAUGUUUUUAACCUUUUUAAUUAUUAUAUUUGUAACUCCAUAUAAUAUCAUAAUAAAAACAUUUACAAAAAUUGAAAAUCUAAGUUAUAAUAAUUAAAUUUAAAUUAAAUUUAAAUUUAAUUUUAAAAAAUGAUGUCACUGAUGAUGUCAUAAAGAAGCAGUGAUGAUGUCAUAAUGUAAAAUUUCAAAGAAACUGCUGACAUUCAAUUUUCAAGAUCUUGGCUGCUGAAAUUUAAAGGUAAAAAUUUGUUUUUAUUUUUAUUUAUUUAAUAAUAAAAAUAAUAAUAAUAAAAAUAAUAAUAAUUAUGAUAAUAAUAAUAAUAAUAGUAUUAUGAUGAUUAUGGUUGUGAAGAUGAUGAUCAUAAUGUGAAUAAUGAUUACUACAACAAUAUUAAUAAAAAUGUUAAUAUAAAAUGUUUUUCAAAUUUAUACUAGAUCUAAUGUUUUUUUGAUUUUGCUCAUAUUUUUUUUACUCUUUGUUUUACUGAUAAUGUUGUGUUUUUUCACGUUUUUAAUGAUGUAGAAAGCUCAAUUAAAACUCAAUAUUCUCAGUACUUAUUUUAUUAAUUUACUAAAGCUUGUUUUAUUUGCUUUUUAGAUGAUUCAAGCAUCUUAUCACCAAGGUGACACAGUUUUCAAAAGCCAAGGUCGCCAAUGCAUGGUUAAUUCUCUGUGCUGCAUUUUAGAAAGUAAAGUUUCAAAACCAUCCACAUGGACCUCCUCUUCAUUAGAUAAAAUAUUAAAAGAUGGUGACAAUAAUUAUCAGUCAUUGAUAGAGAAAAAUCCACGCUUAGAGUAUUUAUUGCCAAGUGACCUUCCAGAAACCAUAUUUGACACACCAGUAUCUUUUGCUUCACCAUUCUCUGGUACAUUAAACAGGAAUGAUACAGAAUUACCAUUUUAUGACAUAAACACAGCUCUUUGUCUGAUUCGUGAGAGUAACCCAACCGGGAUUAUUAUAUCUAUUGGUUCCCAUUCUCCGUCAUAUUCCUCAGCCAUUAUAUGGGAUGAACAACAGUAUUAUGUUUUUGAUCCCCACAGUAGGAAUGAAUGUGGCAUGGUGUGUGCAGAUGGUAAAGCCACAUUAACAGUACACAAAAAUGUUGCUGCUUUAUGUCUUCAUCUGAAACAUCUUUGUGCUUCAAUAUUUACAAAUGUGAAUGAACCCUUUGAACUUUGUGGUGUCAAUUUGUUUGAAGACAUCCCAAAUUGGGGAUCUGAUUUUGAAACUUCUUCGGAGUCUGGGUCUGACUUUUCUGGUUUUGAUCCUGUAAGUGACAGUGAAUUGAUAUUGCUUAAAGAGAAAUUACAGGAAAUUGACAAUUCUAGUGAAACUGAAUUAGAUGAAAGCAGCUGUUCAAGCUUUUCAGACUUGAUUGAUGAAACUUUGGCAUCUCAGUCUUUGUUAGAUGACUCAACAUUGUGCCUAGAUGAAACUGUAUUAAACAAUAUUACUAUAAUAGUAGAAGAACAGAAUGAACCGUGUGUAAAUGAUGCUGCUAAUGCUCAAGAGUCUACAAAUGAUAUAAACAUUAAUACUAGAAAAAGGAUGUCACGUAAACGUGUUAGAGAUGAAUCAAAUUGGAAACGAAAUGUACUAAAGUGCAAAAAAAACACUGGCCAAAGUUAUGAAACAGCAAGUGGCAGUAUAAAAAGACCCAGGAUUGUCAAAAAUGGUUGUGGUUUUAAUUGUAGAAAGAAAUGUCAUUCAAAAAUAAUGCUGGAUGAAAGAGAAAAGAUAUUUCACCACUUUUGGUCCACUGGCAGCUAUGAAAAACAAAAAGAAUUUAUUGGUCAUACUAUUUUAGAAGUGCCAAGAAAGAGAAUUUUAAACAAAACUGACAGUAGAAGAAGGGUUUCAAGGCAAUACUUUUUUCAAAUGCAUGGACAUAAAAUACAAGUUUGUAAGCAGUUCUACCUAGACACUUUAGAUAUAAGUGAGGCUGUAGCAUACAGUGCUUUAAGUAAAAAAUGUGCAUAUGGUGGUAUAACAUCAAAAGACCAAAGAGGAAGGCACAAAAACAGACCAAACAAAAUACCACAUGACAUUGUAACUGAUAUUAAGCAACACAUUGCAAGUUUCCCAAGAGUUGAAUCCCAUUACUGUAGGAAAAGCUCCAAUAAAGAAUAUCUUGAAGCUGAUUUAAAUUUGUCUAAACUCUAUGAUUUAUACAAAGAGAGAUGUUGUAUGAACAAUUAUGUUCCCCAGUCAAUCCAUACAUAUAGGCACAUUUUCAACACGCAGUUUAACAUAGCAUUUAAUAAGCCACUCAAAGACCAGUGUGACAUAUGUAGCACUAUCAAAAAUAUCAAUGAAAAUAAAGAAAAUUCAAUGUCAAAUUUUGAGUUUGAACGACAUAUUAAAAACAAAAAUCUAGCCAGAAAAGAAAAAGAGGCAGAUAAAUCAUCUGCAAAAUCUAAUGAAUCCUUUGUAGCUGCUUGUUUUGACUUACAGCAGGUAUUUACACUGCCUAAAUCUUUUCAAGGGCAACUUUACUAUGCUAGAAAACUAAACAACUAUAAUUUGACAAUUUACAGUCUAGGCAAUAGUGAUGCUUACUGCUACAUCUGGAAUGAGACUUUGGCAAAUCGUGGUUCAAAUGAAGUUUCCUCUUGUGUGUUUUGA